AGCCCUACCCCUGGGAUACAGGCUGAAACAUGUAGGACCAGGAAUCUCAGGUGACUGCCUAUGGUGCCCCGGGGAACAACAAACAAGAGAACACUUCAUUACGGGGUGUGAAAUAAGUAAGGAAAUAUGGGGAAAAGGGCUCAGCCACCUCAGUAGCGAAGAAGAGAGGACCCCACCUACCACCCUCGAGGAAAUAUACCAAGAACCACCCACAGAGAACCCAAACGGAUGGUAUGCCAAGAUGUGGCUAAGUAUGAAUGUUGUAUAUGAACUCUGGUGCAAUUAUACAGCUGGCAGAUGGGGGAAGGAUCUGUCAGAUAAAAAUAUAAUG